AUGGUUGUCGUAGCAUCUGAGCAGCAGGCUCUCUUGCAGGGAUGUUUAAAUAAUAUUGGACAUCAAUCUCAUUUAAUGAAACAAUGUUUAAAUGAAGGUAACUUAUUACAAGCACUUAAACACUGCUCAAACUUUUUGAACGAAUUAAGAAUCAAUCAGCUUAGUCCCAAACAAUAUUAUGAAAUGUACGUUCUGGUAUUUGACGCUUUGGAAACAUUGUCUAGUCAUUUAUUAGCAUCACACAAAUCGAAGCAAAAGAAAAGGGCCACUGGAGAAUCUCCUCCUUUUUUGGCAGAUUUAUAUGAGCUAGUACAAUAUUCGGGCAAUAUUAUCCCUAGAUUAUAUAUGAUGAUUGUUGUUGGUACUACUUAUAUGUCUACGGAUGAUGCACCAAAGAAAGAGCUCAUGAAAGAGAUGAUUGAAAUGUGUAGAGGAGUGCAACAUCCGAUUAGGGGACUAUUUUUAAGAUACUACUUGUCCCAAAGAAUCAAGGAUUUGUUACCAUUGUCAAAUGAAAAUGACUUAGAUGAAACUGUGGACUUUUUAAUAUCAAACUUUAUAGAAAUGAAUAAGUUGUGGGUUCGGUUACAACAUCAAGGACAUUCCUCAGAAAGAGAAUUAAGAUUCAAAGAAAGAAAAGAAUUGAAAAUUUUGGUUGGGUCAAAUUUAGUUAGAUUAUCACAAAUCAUUGACGAUUACACUGGUGACAAGCUGUAUUCAAGUAUCGAUUACUAUAAAGAGAAAAUAUUUCCUGUGAUAACUGAGCAUAUUAUCCAAUGUAGGGAUCCAUUAGCUCAGAGUUAUUUGAUAGAUGUUUUGAUCCAAAUAUUCCCAGACAAUUUUCAUUUUGUUACAUUAGACAAGCUUUUGAACAGUGUAUUUAUCGAUUUGCACCCUAUGUUAAAGAAAUCUGAAUUAGUAUCGUCUUUAAUAGAGAGAUUUAUAACAUAUCGCAAAUACGAAAAUGAUCUAGAUUCCAAAGUUGAGAAGUUGGGAUUGAAUGACAAAACGCAAUCGGAUAACCUUCUAUUAUCAGAUGUGUUUAAUAUUUUUUGGGCCUUUUAUUUGAAGUUAUUUGAAUCAGACCCUGAGUUGCCUCCAGAAGAGCAUUCAACUAUGCUACAAUCAUUCAUCCAAUUAUCAUUAGCUUAUGAUCUGCAAAACCUUGAGAAUUUGAACCAAAUAUAUAAGUUUGCUAGUGAAAAGUUAACAAAUGAUAACGAAACUCAAGAAGAUCAACAAUUAUGGUUAAACUUGUUGACUUCACCGUUGCAACAUUUUUCAUCUGUUAAACGGUUAGUAAGUCUUUCAUAUUUUUAUGAGUUUUAUUCGAAAUUAUCGAACGUUCAUUACCAAAAACUGCUUGCUUUAGAAGUUCUUAACAAAGUCCUCACACCUAGUGAUGCUGAAAAUAAGCUUGAUACAUAUUCUACAGUUGAUGAAAUUGAUAUGAUUUUUAAAUACUUAUUGAUCCUUAUUAAAGAUACUGAUAGCAGAAAGAACACUGCUAAGGACUUGGGUGUGACCAAAGCUAUCAAAAUUGACGGUGGUGAGAAGAUUAUUAGUCAUGAAUUUUUAAGAGUACAAGAAAACUUAUGUAAAGUGAUUCACUUAAUUGAAAACAAGGAUUAUUUCAAAAAUAUUUCUAAUUUGAUGUACAUAAGAAAGAAAUAUUUAAGCAAAUGCCCCGAGAAUAUUUUGUAUACGUACCCUGCAUUAAUUUCCAAGAUAUUAAAUCAACUAAGGAUUAUUGGACUUGUUCAGUCCAGGAGAUCCAAAGCAGAUUCAAACAAGGAAUUACUUAUUACCACGAACUUUAAAAAUCUAUCUGUCAUAAUCGAUGAAUUAUACCAGCACCAUCAACAGUUUAACCUGGAGGUGAUCUUAAAAAUAUAUCUCAAUGCAGCGGCUAUAGCUGACCAAUUAAAGCAAGAAUCAAUUGCGUACGAAUUGUUCACACAAUGCUUUAUUGUGUAUGAAGAGAAUGUCAUCUUUAAUUCUACCAUGAGUCAUUCCCAAAACCCACAUGACUCAAUAGGAGGCUCAUUACCAUUUGAGCUGAUUAAUAUGAUUGCUAAUAAAUUAGCAAACCUGAGAUAUUUCAAUAAGGAGAAUUACGAAAAUUUGAUUACAAAGUUGACUUUGUAUGGGUCUAAAUUGCUAAAGAAGCACGCCCAAUGUCGUGCUGUUUACUACUGUGCUCAUCUUUGGUGGUGGUGUGAUCUCUUCAUUGAAGGCAGCUCCCCAACAGUAUCAGAGACCCCCCAAGACGAAGAGCCUUCUCUCUAUAGAGACCCAAAAAGAGUCUUAGAGUGUUUACAAAAGGCCCUUAGGGUUGCUGAUUCAUGUAUGGAUCCCUAUCUUUCUCUAAAAUUAUUUGUGGAAAUUUUAAACAGGUGUUUGAUUUUCAACAUCUAUGGAAACUAUUUGAUUGAUGCUAAGUAUAUUAAUGGUUUAAUAGACCUUAUUAGAACUAAUCUAGAGAAUUUCAGAGAUGAUAAUACCACUAAGGAUGAUGACGAUCACGAGUCGCAAUUAUUCAACCAAAUACAAGCCUAUUUCAACAGAACUUUGCACUACAUUGAAGAUCAAAAGUACUCCGAAGACAGAUUUCAAGAUAUUAUAGUCUAA